AUGAAGGAAAAAUGGAAUUUAUUGGGAGAUAUUCUUAGAGGAAGCCUUGAGAAAUCAGCAGAGAAUUGCGCAAAGCUUCUUCUCUUUCCAACCUUGAAAAACCUCUCCACCGUCCGUUAUGAAGUCAACAAAUCAGGGCCCGUCUCAGAAAGCCACGGAUUGGACCAGAUCAUUCAUGCUUUUGAACUCGUCUUCAGUCGCACAAAUUGCUCGUUAAUCACCUCCUUGGCGCAAAUUGAGUGCAUCACUAUUCUCAAGUGCACAGUAAACUCGACUUAUGGAAUGGAGUACGUCACGCAGCAAGAUGAUGCUGCGGACCUUUUGUCGAUCACUUUCGAGUCGGAAUCUUCGCAAGUCAAAAAGGCCCUUUUCGAAAUGCUCGCCGCGAUGACAGUUUACGAAAACUCGCAGGAUCCGUCGCAAGGGCGAAGGCGCGUUCUAGAGACGCUAGAAAACGCGGCCGAUCAGAAUUUAAAUCAGACGCCGAUUGCUUUUCUUGGGAAGGAAUUCGCGCACGCUGGAAGUGAUGCUAGUGGACUCGCUUAUGCCAUUUCGACGGUGAAGUUGAUCAACUGUCUUUUACUCAGCGCGGAGUUGCAAGAAAAACGCCAGCUCUUGGACGAAUUGGACGGAAUCAACUUCUCUUCAGAAGUGGACAAGUGCCGCGGCCUCGACAAUGACGAGCUCUUGACCCAAAUCGACCUCUUCGACAAAAUGAUCAACGAAAUGGACGAUGUUUUCAUUGUCGACCCGGAGCUGGAAAAAUUCCAAGAGCUUCUGGGGAAGAUGUCGGCUGAAAAGAGAGAGGUCAUUUUUGGCGUUCUUGGAAAACUAGCGCGAGUGGAUGGCGAUUCUCUUGAAAAAUUGUCGAAGCAAAUUGAAGAAAACGAAUUUGAUCGUCUUGUUUCUUCUCCGCCAGUUCCCCCGAAACGAUCAGCCGCUCCCCCUCCAUCUUCCCUUCCACCUCCUCCUCCUCCCCCAGCUGGGCCGGGCGCUCCACCCCCUCCCGCUCCUCAAGUCCUCGAUGGACCCCCUCCUCCUCCAAGCGCCGGGGGGCCGCCACCUCCUCCUGGUCCCGGAGCGCCCCCACCGCCAGGACUCCCAGGAGGUCCAUCCGCCUUUUUACCUCAGAAACCGCAACUGCCAUUUUCGCCAAAAAGAAGUCCAAAAGUGAAGCUGACUCCCGUCCACUGGGAUCCCGUCAAAAGAAACAUUCCGCUCGAAAAAUCAAUCUGGAGCCAACUCGAGCCAGAUACAGAAGAAACACUCCAGGAUCUCUACGCGACUCUAGAAUCCAAAUUCACGGCGAAGCAAAGUCUCCCAGCGAGCAAAUCGAACCUUCAGCCAAAGCCGAGCUUCAGGGCUAAAAGAUCCCUCCUCGACCAGAAAAAAUCGCUGAACAUUGGCAUUUUUCUCAAACAGUUCAAAAUUCCCGCGGAGGAAAUAAUCUCUUCCCUGAUCGAAACAAAUGUGAAAAUUUGGUCGUUCGAGAGGGCAAAAUCCGCGUUGAAGCAUUUCGAAGAUGUUUCAUCUGAUGUCGAAAUCGUCAAAAGCUUCGUGGAAGAAAACGGAACGGGAGAGCUCGGGACGGUAGAGAAAUUUUAUCACGUGCUUUCCGAGUAUUUUCCGAAUCCGAGUGUUUUUACGCUGCGGCUGGAAUUGAUGCUGCAUCUUUUCAGCGUUCAUGAAAUCUGCGUGACAGUAGCGAGCAACUACAGUAAAGUCAUCAUGGCGGUGGACACGUUUCUCCGCUCUGAAGCUUUCCGACAAGUCCUCAAACUUGUGAUGGAGAGCUGCAACUUUAUAAUGGCAGGAACUUAUGGCGGAAACGCGGCCGCGUUUAAAAUGAAUACAUUGCUGAAACUCCAGGAAACGAGGUCAACUCAAAGAGGAUACACUCUUCUGCAUUUCAUCGCCGAGCAAAUGUCGGACGAGCACGUGGCCCAGUUGCGCAACGAUUCGGUUCUUUACAGAGAAGCGGGAGCAGUCGACUUGGCUUUUUUCGACGCGCAGUUGGGUAAAAUCGACAGAGAAAAUAACCGACUCGAUGGAAAGACGAAAUCGUUUCCAGAGCUCCGAGCCCAGUUCGAAACCUUUUUUGCUUCUUCCAACGAAAAGAUAGAAAAAUUGCAGAAACAGAAGGAAAACGUCGAGAGCUUCAAAGAUCGGCUGAAGGAGCAAUUGCCCGAUGAAGGGGAAAAACUUGACCUGUCUUCUCAUUUUCGAAUUCUGGGCGACUUCGAAGCUCAGCUGUCAAAAGCGAGGGGAGACAGGAGAAGCAAAAGCGUCCCCAACAAGCGCGACCAUAUAACUCCGCGAAAGAGUCUCAACGACGAGCCGGUCUUUGACAAUCUCUUGAAAGAAAUCAACUCCGGAAAAGUGGAAAGUCUCUCCCGCGGACUCGAUCCCAAAAUGCUCCAUGCAAAGAACUUUUCUACCUCCACCAACAGCGGGCAAAGAUCAAGGAUUCAAAGCCGCCGGACAGUUUCGACAGCCAGUUCUUCUGCUUCAGAAAAUGGCCCGCAACAAAGCCUAGCUCAAAAAUCCGCCUUCGCCAAUGAGUUGAAAAACGUCUUGAAAAAGAACAAUCCUCAACUUUCAACAACUCCAGAAUCGAAAGAAAAAACACCCAGCCCGGAGCCAGAAGUCCAAAAAACAGACGAAAAAAUCGACGACAAAGAAAAACCUGACGAUGAAAAAUUACCUCAAGAAAUUAGAAAAUCCGAAGAUCAAAAAAUUGCAACUCGUAGAGCUCCAAAAGAAGCGUCAAUUCAGCGAAACGGUUCGAUACCAAAACGAAGGGAGUACAAAGAAAUCGCCACUCAAACCUUCCAGCGAGAAGAAAUCAAGGAACCUCUUCCAAGUGAAACUGAACCAAGCUAUGGUUGUGUCCCUGCUUGGCGAGUUUUGUUUGGUAAAAAUAAGAAGAAAAAGAAAACCAAAAAGAAAUCAAAGUGA